AUGUCGAAAGUCAGUGUUAUGCCUGUGAUGGCGGCCACAGCGGCCGCCUCCUUCCUAUGGGCUCGCCAGACUGAACAGCCCAUUGCGUCGACCGUCGCACUGUCGUUGGCCGUCGCGUUUCCUUUGUAUGUCGUGGUCUGGCUCAGCUGGAUCUUUCCCUUCUACGUGUCCGACCUCAGACACGUUCCUACCGUACCAAACUUCCCGCUCUGGGGCCAGUUCCUUGAGAUCAUCACAACGGAAUGUGGUGUGCCGCAAAGAAGAUGGCACGAAGAGCACGGUCCCAUCAUAAGAUAUUUCUUCCCCUUCGGUGCUGAGCGCCUCUCCAUCGCCGACGAUGAGGCCCUCAAGCAGAUGACCGUCAAGAACCCCUACAACUACCCCAAGCCAGUUCGCGCCAAGUUGUGGAUGGUUCGCAUUCUGGGCGAAGGUGUUCUUCUCGCCGAGGGCGCGGAACACGUGCACCAGCGCAAGGCACUCGCUCCUGGCUUCUCCAUCCAGUCCAUCCGCAACCUCACCCCUGUCUUCUGGGAGAAGUCUCUGCUUCUGGCCAGAUGCUGGCGCGAGGAGAUGACAGCCGAAAAGGCCACCACCAAGUCCUUCGAGGUGCUCGAGUGGCUCAACCGUACCACGCUCGACAUCAUCGGCAGCGCCGGUUUUGGCUACGACAUCAACUCUCUCGAGAACCCCGAGACACCCAUCCGCGAGGCGUACCGUCUGGUCUUUGCUUUUGAUAUCUUCUCGCGCCUGCUUCACGGCAUCCAAGCCUUCAUCCCCGCCUCCAAGUACAUCCCGGCCAAGAUGAACCGCGACAUGGAGACAUCUCGCAACAUUAUCGUCAACAAGGCCACCGAGAUCAUCACGGAAAAGCAAGAGCAGGCCGAAAACAACACCGGCGGCAAGGACAUCCUCGCUCUGAUCGCCAAGGACAACAAGAAGAUGAAGGCGCAGGGCGAGGCCGGCCUCUCCUUCGAGACGAUGCGCGACCAAGUCAUGACCUUCCUGGGCGCCGGCCAUGACACCACCGCCACCGGCGUCGCCUGGACUAUCCACCUGCUCUCCACCCACCCCGAGAUGCAGUCGCGCCUGCGCGAGGAGAUCAAAGACUACAUGCCGUUCCUCUUCGACCAGGAGACGCGCUUCGACCCGGAGCAGGUGGCGGCGGCCGACUGCGACCAGCUGCCGUACCUCGACAACGUGUGCCGCGAGUCGCUGCGCUACAUCCCGCCGAUCCCCAUGACGGUGCGGCAGUCGCUGGCGGACGACACGCUGGGGCCGUACAAGGUGCCCGGCGGCACGGUCAUCUACGUGCUGGCCAACGCCAUCAACCGGCUGCCGAUGUACUGGGGCCCGACGGCGGACGCGUUCGACCCGGACCGCUGGGACGACCUGCCCAAGACGUUCACGGCCAACGCGUUCAUGACGUUCCUGCAGGGCCCGCGCGGCUGCGUCGGCCGCAAGUUCGCCGAGACCGAGAUGAAGAUCCUGCUGUGCUGCCUCCUCAGCAUGUACGAAUUCAAGCGCGACACAAGCACGCCCGACCCCGAGGAGUGGAAGAUGUGGCGCCUGGUGCUGCGGCCCAAGGAGGGCGUCACCGUCAAGGUCACCGCCAUCUAA